AUGGAGUUAUGUUCACAAAGUUUUAAAGAUUUUAUUGAAUUAAAAUCAAAAACAUUUCAAAGACUAACCACUCAACCAAUAGAUUGUAUCGAGUAUUAUAUUACAAGUCAUCUGAUGUUAGAAAUAUGUGAAUGCGUUGAUUACUUACAUACCCGCAAACCACCGGUUAUUCAUCGGGAUCUAAAACCGGCGAAUAUACUCAUUAAUAAUAAACCAACUGAUAAUCGGUUCAUUAAAUUGGGUGACUUUGGUUUGGCCACUGAACACAUUAGGAUUGGUUCACAAUCAAAAUCACAUACAAAAUUUGUGGGAACACCUGAUUAUAUGGCACCAGAAGUUCACAAUGGCAUCGAUAGGGCGUCAUAUAAUGAAAAAAUUGAUAUCUAUAGUAUGGGAAUGGUAUUAAUGGGUUUAUUUGAUCUAGAUGAUCCUAAUUUGUAA